GCUUAGCAUGCAACUACUAUACACUUUAUGCAAAUUAUAAAAACCUAUAUAAUAAGAUUAAAGUAUUACAGGUGUAUGGAUUAAUCAUAGCUCAUGUUGAAUUUAUUUCAGAGAAAAGUAUAGCAAUAAUUACGGUUCUUCUUAAUCGUAAUAAUUAUGAAGAAUAUCGUUUAGCUCAGGAAAGUUUCGAAUGCUAUGCAUUGUAUCAUAAUUAUGAGUGGAUUGUUAUUAAUUUCUCUGCGAACAAGACAUUACAAAAGUUGUGCCCACAGAAGGAUUUCUUCUUUGCUCGACACUGUGUUACCGCCAAAAUAAUGGAGGAGCACAACGAAACCGAAUGGUUUUUGUUCAUCGAUGCUGACAUGGCGGUAAUCAAUCCCAGUCAUUUGAUUGAAGAAUGGAUCGAUACCAAUGUUAAUCUGAUCUUUUACAAUCGGAUUUUCAAUCAAGAAAUUAUGGCUGGAAGCUACAUCAUAAGAAAUACUCCAUACUCUAGGGAGUUUCUCCGAUUCUGGGCUAAUUAUGAGGAUAAACUACCUUUUCAUAUUUUUGGUUCUGACAACGGUGCACUUCAUGUAAACUUUAUUUCUUUCUUCACAUUUAGCUUUGUAGAAAGACGUUUUUGCGAAAGAAUUUGGCAGAACGCGAGCUUCGAUGGCUUAAGUAUUUAUGUUUCUUGUAUCCGAAGAAUCAUCGGUGAAGCUCCAAUAUGGCCUGGACAGGUGCGAAUUCUUCCCAAAGGUAAAGCUUGGGCUCGAGAUACGUGGCUUACAGAUUCCAUGUGGAGUAAGCGAGACUUUGUCCUUCAUGGAUGGCAAAGAAGGAAAAUUAAUGGCGUAAUGUUUGGUGGUUGGCCGUCUCCCAUUUCAUUGCAUAACUUCAACCUUUCGUUAUGUAAAGACUUCAAAACUGCCUUUACAAAUUGGCAUUAUAAAGAUAGUUUUAUCAGAAAUGAUAUAGAGAUCGACAAUUGGCUUAAUAAAAAGAUAAUGGAUUCAAAGUAUGCAUUCAAAAAGGAAUUACAUUUAGUUGAUAGUUAUUGGCAACACUCAAGACUGAUCGGUGAAUUAAGUUGA